ACCACUUCCCGUUAUCCACUUUACAGCUUAAUUUCCGAUAGUGAGGAGAGAGAGAGAGGGCAUUCAUGGACCUUAGAGUUUCUUGCACUACCUGCACUUCUGUGUACAGGAGACCGGUACUUAACCGGCGACUUUCUCCGCCGAAGAGCUAUAACAAUUACCGCUUCAGCUCCUUGAAAUGUCGCCGCAAAAUAACGUCAGAGCUGCAAGCGCCGGUGGGAGUCACCGUUCCAUCCGGUAGCAGCCACUCUCCGUCGAUCCCUUCCCAUAGAGUCACCGUUCACGACCGACAGCGUGGAGUGGUUCACCAGUUCCUCGUUCCCGAGGACCAGUAUAUAUUGCACACUGCUGAAUCUCAGAACAUCUCCCUUCCUUUCGCUUGCAGGCAUGGUUGUUGUACUAGCUGUGCUGUACGUGUAAAAUCUGGACAACUUAGACAGCCUGAAGCGCUAGGAAUUUCUGCAGAAUUGAAAUCAAAGGGGUAUGCACUACUCUGUGUGGGUUUCCCAUCAUCUGACCUUGAAGUGGAAACACAAGACGAGGAUGAGGUAUAUUGGCUUCAGUUUGGAAGAUAUUUCGCCCGAGGACCAGUAGAGAGGGAUGACUAUGCAUUGGAGUUGGCCAUGGGUGAUGAAUAAAGCAAUGUACAAUAUCAGUUUAGGUGUGAGCAUCGAUGGAGUGAAACAUGUAGAUUGCAUUUUCCCCUCCCUUUUUUCCAUUUUUCUUUUCAUCUGUUUUUACCCAUAUCCCUGUAUUUUUCAGCCCUUCGAUAUAUUAAUGAGUAAACAUUCCACGCUAUGUGUGGCAUUUCAUCAUGGUAGUCUAUAAAAGAUGUUAAUCAGAA